AUGGAUUAUGGAAAGCUUCGAGCCGCUGCCUUACGGGACGGCGAAGAUGAGGAAGCCGUAACCGUUGAUACUCGAGCUUUAAUCGACAAGGUUUUAGCGAGAUAUUCGGGCGAGUGGACUACAUUGCGGGAGCUUAUUCAGAAUGCCGCCGACGCCCAAGCCACUACUGUCAAGAUAAAGUGGGAAACCCUACCCUCGACUCAAGUUCCUCUACCACCUACUACAGAUCGAUCCGAGAUCCUGAAGCACGUAAUCGCAAAUCAUACCCUCAAGCGACUUGUCGUUCAGAACAAUGGCCAACCAUUUACAAAGACUGACUGGGGAAGGCUUAAGAGGAUCGCCGAGGGCAACCCCGACGAGACUAAGAUUGGCGCUUUUGGUGUAGGAUUCUAUAGUGUCUUCGCGGACUCGCUCCAGAAUAUUGAAUUCUGGAUCGAUGACUACAAAAUCCUCCAUCUGAAAAAGAAAACUAGUCCUAGCGUCGACGUUGCGCUGUCAAGAGAUGUCGAAACCACGACCAAAGAACGUCUCAUGAAGGUCCAGAGCGUUGAACGUGCGAGCGCACAGAUAGACGCAUCAUUCAUGGGCGCUAUCGGGUGGAAACCCGAAGUAGCAGCAACGGCCAAGAGCGAGGCUUACGGGUCAGGUAGCUCGGAGAUGCCGUCUUUACGGAGCUUCUUUUCUAGGCUCACCGCCAACCCUACCACAGCGAAAGCCAACAAAGUAGCGAAAGAAGAGAAACUUGCCCAAGAGGCCAUAUCUGAAGAUAUAACUACAUUGUCGUCAAGCAGUAUAUUUCUUAGGGUGACUACUGCUGCGAUCAAGACGUCCGUUACUACUAAUUUCUCGGCAGAGCUAGAGAGGGCCACCAAAAAGCCUCCACCAAAGCUAGCUAAGUUGUCAGUAUUGACUUCUUCAUAUGAUGAAACGCAAGCCUCGCAGAGUUCUACGAGCUCUACAGCUGUUUCUAAGGCUACUAAUGUAUUUGCCUCUGUACUACCGAGCAAGAAAGGCGGACGAAUCUUCAUUGGGUUUCCAACUACCCAGACGACCGGUGCUGGUAUUCAUAUUUCAGCGCCCUCCGUCAUACCUACUGUAGAACGGGAGGCUAUUGACUUAAAUGCAAGAUGGGUCAGGACAUGGAAUAUUGAAAUGCUGCGAGCUGCUGGUAUCAUGACUCGCCUUGCUUUUUCGAAUGAGAUGGCCGAAUUGCAGAUCAAAUUGCAGCGAGCUGCGGAGACAUCAAACGCCGGCAUCACAUCGAAAGAGGUCGCCAAAUAUAUGCCAGAAGCAUUACAUACGCUAAAGGCUUUCACAUUCGGAGAUUCUACGCCCAGUGGUCAUGUUUCGCAGAUAAUUGAGGAAGCAUUCUGGACAUCAUACAAAAAACCCUUCGUAGAAGUCUACAGCAGUCGAGGUGUUCUUCCUACUAACAAAGUUCGGCUUGGUUCAGAAGAACUUGCUAAAUUUGUUGAUGGAAUUCCGAAAUUUGGCGUGGUUGCGGACCCCCCUAUCUACGAAUGCAUUGAGCGGUUAUUGGCCAAACCUCCCUCAAACCACCAGGAUGCCGUCUCACUAUUUGGCUAUUUUGCUACUCGCCUAAAUGAGCUUAAUGGUAGCGCGAUUGUAAAGCUUCGAGAAGCUCUUAUCGUACCUGUAGUGCGCAGAAAAGAGUUAGCAACCUCCCGGCUGGCGACAGACAAAGAAGAUAAGGCCGGCAAUGUUGUCCACCUAAGUCCCCGUCAAUGCUAUCUAGGUAGCUCAACGAUGUAUGGAGAUAUUUUUGACUUUGUUGACUUUGGCAGCUCUGCGAAUGCAUUUCUAUCAGCGUGUGGCUCGAAGACCGAACCGACCAAGCUGGAAAUUGCCCAGCUAGCAGCAGGCGAACCUGCUAGAUUGCUUAGUGUUCUUCAAAGCUCAGAGAAAUACCUAAGCGUUUUGAAACUAUUAGCUGAAGAGACAGCAACUUUGAAAAGAGACAAGGAGCUAUGGCGGAAGAUGAAAUCUUCUCCAUUUCUCCUUGCAUUCAAAGAGAUCAGCGCACCGGCUAAAGACAAAACAUCGGAAACUGAGGAAGACGAGGCACCAAUCAGAUCGUAUCAACUUGCGACCCCGGCUAGCAUCGUUAUCUUAGACGAUUACAUUAGCUACCGCUUGUUUAAAGACCACUUGAUCUGUGCGCCAGAGGAAGACGCUUUAGAAGCCUUCUAUAUGGCUCUCGGCUCUCAAACUCUCUCCGCUAUUGUCCAGGAGGAUCUCAGAGUUGGACCGCAGAGUGAGAAACAAGACGGCGCGCUUUGGCUUCGGAAGCAUGUUCUCGAACGUUCAAAGAUCUUCAUCCACGAGUAUGCCAGAUACACGCGGGAUGCCAUCAAGCACGAUGCGAGGUGGCUUGAGAAGAAUCUGACUGUAGAAGCUGUGCGGUCCGUCUCGCUUCGCCGAUCACUUCGCGGCCAAAGUCAGUCGCACACCGAAAAGAGGUCAGCAGCGAGUUUGAAAGCUACCAACGGCUGGAUCCUUUAUGUUGCAUCCGAAUCUUCUCGUCCCGAUAUGUACCAAGUAGGACAAGCAGUAUGUCAACUUAUUCUAAAUCGGCCAAGUCAGCAAGCGUACUUUUUCUUUGAGCCGUUCCUGAAACUUGAUUUACUGGACCUGAGAGCCCGCGGAUACAAUGUUGAUCGCAUCCUCAGAGCCAAGGCUGCCGAGGCUAGAAUUGCAGAGGAAGAAAGGCGCAAGGCCUUGGAUGCUGAACAGGCCAAUAUCAGGGAACGAGAAGCAGAAUUUAGAAGAAACACUCAGGCUGCUGCUUCGAGGAGCAGGAAUAGGACGCCGCCGCCACGCAUGCCUGGCGGAUUUGGAUCUCCUGAUGACAGCGAAUCACUCUCGCCACCACCAGCCAACACGCCACAACAACAGACUAGGAGAAGUAAGGGCUUCUUCUCGAAUUUCUCUAAACGAUUUGGCUUUGAUACCUCUAGCGAGGCGGAGGAUAAUCUGAGGAACUUAAUAGAGUCAGACCCAGACCCAGAGCCAGCUAAGUUACCGCCAGCUGAGCCCUCAACAGGGUCAGGGUCCAAACCUGGCAAGAAGGACGACGGCAAGGUCACGAAUCCCGCCAUAAUCCAACAGAACCUUCUCAAUGCCAUCAUGUCUACAAGAGCCCAUGACUCUUCCCAGGUUUAUUCACCGCCAACAACUCGAGAAGUUAAGGAACAAGCUACUUAUUGCGAUGACACUAUAGGAAAGGAUCUCAAUUUCGUAGCGGACGCAUCAAACGGAAUGCGCGUAUUCGUAUCAAGGACGAUACCAAAUCUCAACCCUGCUCAGUUCCUUACGAAUAAUCACAUCUCUAUCAACUCCUUUGCGUCAAUACUAGCCGACGUUAGUGAUGUUUAUUCCAUCAACCGCUCCUCACUACACAUUUUCUACGAUGAGGAGGGAGGUACGAUUGCUUUCAAUCGUGAUGGUAGUAUCUUCUGCAAUCUACGCUUCUUCAUCCAGCUUCACGUCGAGAAUAUGUCAGGGCAAGGCAAAGCUGCCGCCUCCGUCUGGUGGUGGGUUGUAUUAGCCCACGAAUUAGCUCACAACCUUGUUCAGAUGCAUAAUGCAGACCACAGUUAUUACACCGAGUCAUUUAUCCAGCAAUACUUCCCCGUAAUGAUGGUGAAGGUAACACGACUACUGGAAAGCGAACCAGCACCUCCAGCUAACGAGCGGCCGCUCCUCCCUACACUUCCCGGACCCUCUACGGCGCCACCACCACCAUACCGAGAACACUAA